AUGGCCGUUGCUCGCCACCGCGUCGGCCGAUUGAUCCUUGGUACCGCCGUGUUCCUACUCGCCCUGCUCGUCCUUCUGCCGUCUGGACCACAGCACCUCAUUACCGGGCAGCCGCCGUUACAGAAGACUCAUCCCAAGGUUCGCUUCCAACCAAGCAGUUUCGACUGGACGUCGGUGCCCCAACGAUACCCCGUGUCUUCCAUCCAACCGCUGCCUACCGGCCGUCCAAAGCAGCACCUUCACCCGGUCCAACAUGCCUUUGCGGGCUAUGUGCACGAUGCGACCACGCAACGCCGCCAACAGGCCGUCCGCGCCGCCUUUGUUAGGUGCUGGGAUAGCUACAAGGCACACGCCUGGCUGAGGGACGAGCUGGCUCCGGUGAGCGGCGGGGGAAAGACUACAUUCGGCGGCUGGGCAGCAACCCUGGUGGACUCGCUCGACACGCUUUGGAUAAUGGAUCUUAGAGACGAAUUCUAUACUGCCGCCGCUGCCGCCGCCGCCCAGCUGGAUUGGGCAAACACCACCGACACGGCCAUCAACGUGUUCGAAACCACAAUUCGCCAUCUCGGUGGACUGCUUGGUGCUUACGACUUGAGCGGCGAGCCGGCUCUGCUAGAGAAGGCCAUAGAGUUGGGCAAUAUGCUCUAUAUGGCCUUCGAUACGCCGAAUCGUAUACCGGGCUUCUGGCUCAACUUCCAGGACGCGAAGCAGGGGCUGCAAACUGCAGGAACGAACGACCCAUCGGCAAGCCCAUGCUCGCUUUCACUCGAGUUCACAAGGCUCUCCCUCCUGACGGGUGAUAGCAAAUACUACGAUGCUGUCGCCCGUAUCACCGACUUCCUUGAGCGGACGCAAGACCAGUCCAAGCUCCCGGGCAUGUGGCCGAAGCUUAUUAAUUUCCAUGACGAAGCCGUCGAUAGAGAGAAUGGCUUUACUAUGGGCGCGUUAGCAGACUCCCUGUACGAGUAUUUGCCCAAGAUGGCGGCGUUGUUAGGUGGCCAGAUCCCCAGCUACGACAAGAUGUACCGCGCUGCUAUGGAGGUUGCUAAGAAGCACCUCUUGUUCCGGCCUAUGGCAGCCGAGGACGACACGGAGGGCAGAGAUGUCCUCUUCGUUGGUGAUGCAUACGUCCACCCAGACCGUAUCGACCAUGUCCCGGAGGGACAGCACCUCUCGUGCUUUGCCGGGGGCAUGUUUGCUCUCGGCGGAAAGUUGUUCGAUAUUCCCGACCACAUUUCCAUCGGGGAACGGCUAGCCCGAGGCUGUGCGUGGGCAUACAAUGCGUUCCCGACCGGCUUGAUGCCCGAGAUCUUUAACCUCAUCCCUUGUUCCUCAAUAGAGGGACCAUGCUUAUGGGACGAGGAACGGUGGCAAAAGGAGGGCGACACGAAGCUGAGAAAGGGGUUUAAGGAUGCCCGGGAUCCGCGGUAUAUUCUCCGGCCAGAGGCUAUCGAGAGUGUCUUCCUCCUGUACAGGAUGACGGGCAGGGCAGACUUUCGGGAUCUGGCGUGGCGUAUGUUCGAAGCUCUUAUGGAAGCAACGAAGACUCCCCUUGCCAAUUCCGCUAUUGCCGAUGUCACGGUCGAGGGCGAGACCAUUAAGCUCGAUUCAAUGGAGAGUUUCUUCUUGUCUGAGACACUCAAGUACUUUUACCUGAUAUUCUCACCACCCGAUCUCAUCAACCUUGAUGAUUUUGUUUUCAAUACCGAAGCACAUCCAUUUAGGCGGGCGAAAUAG